AUGUCCGGUUGUUCAGAAACUUUCUCUAAAGUUCCACAUGGUCUGUCAAUCCACCAUAAGAGUUCAUCUGAAAAUCUCCUAACUUUGACGGAUCAAUGUAUAGCUAUCGAUAACUUCGACGUGACUCACGUCCCGAAAACAAUCGAUCUCCGCGCGCCAUCUAGCUUUUUCGAUCAACCUACGGAUAAUGCCACGGAUGAAGCGUGGCUUGAGCUACUUGCCUCAGCCAACAUUCAUGUUACUGCAGCUGAGCUUGCUCGAAUAACAGAAAUUCUGUAGAGCUACCAAGAGGGGGAUAUCUUGCCUGGCUUGGGGUCUACCACGAGAUCCAUUGUUUAGUGAGAGCGCCUCCCCUCUAACAGCAGAGUCAGUAUCUGAUGUAAAUAUUAAAGAACUUACUGCGAAAGUGGAAAUAUCGAAGUCAUUACUUCCCUGACAUAACACCCGAGAGGGAAGAUCUUCUACAGUUUCAUACCGGUAUUUCCAUCAUCUCAGACUCUUUGUUCGAUCUGUUUAGUUGACUGUUAACUAGACCAUUGCCUCGAUCGUAUCCGAGCUACUGUAAUGUGUAGCCGCGACACCUCAUCUCUUGUUACAUUUGACUGGAGAAACGCUCAGAAACCAGUCGUGAUGGACUUAGCUAACAUACCCUAGCUGUUAUUGCAAAUAUCACAAUCUGGUCAACCAUUGAGCCGGCCUGCUCAGUCAUCGCAGCUUGCCUUCCAACCUUUGGGCCACUGAGCCAGAAAGGGCGUUCCCCAGAAUCAUUGGUUGCUUCUAUUGGAUCGGUCUUAUCCCUUCGGAGCUUCUCCAGCAGCCUUGCUACAGAAAAACGUGGGAAGGUCUCACAAGAGAAAAUCUCUCGGGAGGACGAAGAAUCGCGUGCUGGGUGGGCAAAACACAAUGGGGCUGGCUCCACAACAGUUGAAAGCGGAGCACACAGUGAUGUCGUACCCAAGAGAGGGGAAAUCAUAAUGGAGAAAAGCUUCUCUUCUGAGUAG